GCACAUUUUGCCUAUUUUCUCUUUCUCUUUUUUGAUAAACACAACAUUAUUUUCUAUUUCUUUUUAUUUUUCUAAUUCCCAUCUGCAAUUUAAAACAACGCACUUUUACUGAAAAUGUCGAUUCAUUCGCUGUUCCACAAGGUGGCCGAACACCUAAAUCCUGUGCUGAAGAACUCAAAGUUCAAAGAGACUGGCGUGCUGACCCCCGAGGAGUUUGUCGCGGCAGGUGAUUAUCUGGUAUUCAAGUGCCCGACCUGGAGCUGGGAUAAGGGAUACCCCAACAAGCGCCGUGACUACCUGCCUGCUGACAAGCAGUUUUUGAUCACGCGCAAUGUGCCCUGCCUGCGCCGCGCUGAGCAUAUGGUGUUGCUUGAGCAAGUGGGCGACGACGGAUGGGUGUCCGCAUACGCUGGGCACAAGGGCGUCUCUGCACAGGACGAGGAUGACAUCGAGGAGAUUGGCGACAUCGAGGAUUCGGACGUCAAAGUCCCGACUGCCAGGGAAAUCGAGCGCCUGACCAAGGGCGUUGAGGAGGUCGAGAUCAACAACAGCGAGCAGGAUCUCGACACGCCGCUCGGCCAGGCUGCCGAGGAAGACGAGGGCGAUAUCGAGGACAUCCCCAGCGACAUUGACGAGAUCCCAGAUAUCGACGAGCUCGACGAGUUCGAGGCUCUGGAGGACAACGAUCCGGCCGCCAACACUGCCAGCACGUCCAAGAAGAGCGAUGCAGCAGCUGGUGAUGAUGAGGACAAGAUCCUGCGCACGCGCACGUACGACAUUAGCAUCACGUACGACAAGUACUACCAGACGCCACGUGUGUGGCUGUUUGGAUACGACGAGCGGGGCAAGCCACUCACCACCCGGCAGAUCUUUGAGGACAUUAGCGAGGAUCAUGCCAAGAAGACGGUGACUAUUGAGACACACCCCCAUCUGGCUGUGCAGCAGGCAUCUAUUCACCCGUGCAAGCACGCACAUGUGAUGAAGAAGAUCAUUGAGAGAGCUGUUGACAGCGGGCGGAGAGAGAUUCGUGUCGACCAAUAUCUGGUUAUCUUCCUCAAAUUCAUGAGCAGCGUGCUCCCAACCAUUGAGUAUGACAACACAAUGUCUACAGACAUCUAG